UUUGACGAAUACAUGAACGUUGUGUUGGACGAGGCCGAGGAAGUGAAUAUGAAGACGAAGAACCGCAAGAAAGUGGGUCGAAUCAUGCUGAAAGGCGAUAACAUUACGCUGAUCCAAAGCCUUGGCUAA